CCCGCCCUUGCCCUGAGGACCCUUGUCCAACAUGGCGGCGCCCAGCGGAGGGUGGCACGGCGUAGGCGCGAGCUUGUGGGCUGCGCUGCUCCUAGGGGCCGUGGCGCUGAGCCCGGCGGAGGCGGUGUCCGAGCCCACGACGGUGGCGUUUGACGUGCGGCCCGGCGGCGUCGUGCAUUCCUUCUCCCAUAACGUGGGCCCGGGGGACAAAUAUACGUGUAUGUUCACUUAUGCCUCUCAAGGAGGGACCAAUGAGCAAUGGCAGAUGAGUCUGGGGACCAGCGAAGACCACCAGCACUUCACCUGCACCAUCUGGAGGCCCCAGGAGGCAUCAGCAGGGUCAUUGAGAGGAGACAGGCCCCAUCAGCCCAGAGAGACCCUGCAGAGGUCACCCUGUAGUCACGGGGAAGCCCACGGUCGCCAUUGUCUGUGCAGGCCACUGCCCCGCACGGACCCCUGAGUGCUGGCUCCCCAGAAGGCAUCUGGGCAGGCGCAGGCCUGGAGCAGUUGGGAUGGUGGCUGGGCUCACCUUGAGCCUGAAUCUUCCUGUCCAACCCCCACAAAAGCUCCCCAGGGGCAUGCUCAGCCCCAGAGACCUGCCACCCCAGGCCUCCCCAUCUCAGACAGUGACUGGAUCCUCCCCGACCAGGCCUGUUGGCAGUGCUAGGGCUUAAAGAAGAAUCUAGGGGCUCCCUGGAUACCCUCGCCCCACCCAUGCACGUAGAACCGCAGCCAGGGCUUCCACAGAAAUGGCCGCCCUGCUGCUCCUCCAUCCCCAUCACACUGUCUUCACACCAGAGAUGCCAUCAUCUCCUGCUGUCACCUUCCGGCACCUUCUGCCACUCCAGUUCCUUAGAAGCCCCCGUUAGUAGCCUCCUAGAGACCUGGGCAGAUGCUCCUCCCCACUUCCUAGUUAACUCCUGUACUUCCUAGUCAGCGCCCUCUGGGAAGCCUUUACUGUCCUCUCAUUGUCCAGCCGUAGCCCCCAUCGUAGUACCUGAAUUGCUGUCGGCACCCGAGAAGCCAUGUGCAGUGAGUGAAUGGACAUGGGGUCCUGUCCCAGAGCAGCUCCCAGCCCACAGAGGAGGGAGGCAUGUCUGUGAAUGAGCUGGAAGAACAUUCUGGCACAAAGGGGCCAGGCACGGUGGCUCACGCCUCUAAUCCCAGCCCUCUGGGAGGCUCAGGCAGGCAGA